AUGGAGACGCAACCCGAUCGCCAGCCAGGCACCUACUAUGAUAUCGUCAUCGUAGGUGCUGGGCCUGUGGGCCUGAUGCUGUCAACCAUUCUAGCCAGGUGGGGAUAUAGAAUCAAGCACAUUGACAACCGAGCCGAACCUACACCAACUGGAAGAGCUGACGGCAUUCAACCACGUUCUCUCGACCUUCUCCGUAACAUGGGCCUCAAGUCGGCUAUCAUGGCCCACAAGCCUGCCAGAGUCUACGAGGUCGCUUUUUGGGACCCGCCCAAAUCGGGCAACGGGAUCGCCAGAACUGGGACCUGGGCGAGUUGCCCGGAGUUCAUCGAUGCCAGAUACCCCUUCACGACUCUCUUGCACCAAGGCCAUAUCGAGCGCGUUUUCCUGGGCGACCUGGAGAAGAACGGCGUGCAGGUUCAGAGACCCUGGACCAUUACAGGAUUUUUAUCCAACGAGGCCGAAAAUCCUGAGUACCCUGUUGAGGUUAAGCUUGAGCAUGUCGAUGGGACCGCCCAGGAAACGUUGCGUGCCAAAUAUCUCUUUGGCGGCGAGGGUGCUCGUUCCUUUAUUAGGAAUCAAUUACAGAUUGGCAUCAAGCACAAGGAUCCCAUUUCUUACGUAUGGGGUGUCAUGGAUGGCGUUGUCAAGACCGACUUCCCCGAUAUCAAGCACGGUUCCAUCAUGGUCAUUCCCCGAGAGGACAACAUGGUCCGUCUAUACAUUCAGAUUGCAUCUUCGACGGAUCCGGACUUCGACCCACGCAAGACGGCGACCGAGCAAGAAGUGCAGGAGUCGGCUCAGCGGAUUCUUCAGCCGUACUCCAUUGAAUGGGAGAGAACGGAGUGGUAUUCAGUGUACCCUAUCGGGCAAGGAAUUUCGGACCGCUAUACCCUUGAUCAGCGGGUGUUCCUUGGAGGCGAUGCUUGCCAUACCCACAGCCCCAAAGCCGGCCAAGGCAUGAACACUGCGUUCCUUGACGCCCAAAACCUAGCCUGGAAGAUCCACGCCGUCGAGGCUGGGUUCGCACAGCGCGAUAUUCUCAAGACCUACGAGACUGAGAGAAGAGACGUGGCUGAGACGCUGCUCGACUUCGACAACAGGUACGCUAAGCUGUUCUCUCAACGACCCGAUGCCGCAAGCGAAGCUCAGGCGGCUACCGAGAACGCCGGCAAGGAGCAGUCCGAAAACGCUUUCAUCAAAACUUUCAAGGAGUCUUGUGAGUUCACGAGCGGUUAUGGCGUGGCCUACAAGCCAAACGUGUUGAAUUGGUCCGAAUCGCACCGGGCAAAAUCAUCUUUGAUCCAUCCCGAGGGUACGAAGCUCCGCACUGGCCGCCUGUUCAUGAACUCCGACGUUACGAGGGUUGUCGAUGCCAAUGUUGUCCAUCUGGAGCAAGAAAUCCCGCUCAACGGUUCCUUCCGCAUCUUCGUCUUUGCUGGAAAGCCUUCAACCACUCGCAAGGCCCUCGGAGAUUUCGCCGGUCACCUCAACAACAAGCGCUCAUUCUACGCCGCCUAUGUUAGAGAAGACGUGGACAGCGUGUCACAUCACGAGCAGCACAACCCUCACAGCAAGUUCUUCUCGUUCUGCACCAUCUUUUCGGCAAAGAGAAGCAGCAUCGAGAUUUCGCGCGAUGUCCCGGAGGUACUGGGGCGGUACCGCGAUCAUGUAUACGCCGAUGACAGAUGGGACCGCCACGUGCCGAACGCUAAGGCUGCUGCGCACGCCAAGCUGGGACUUGAUGAGGAAAAGGGUGGCGUCGUUGUUGUGCGUCCUGAUGGUUACGUCGGUAUGGUUGCGAAGCUGGUGGAAGGCAGCGGUACGGUUGAUGCGUUGAACGAGUAUUUUGGAACAUUCUGCACCAAGAAGCUCGGGGAGACGCUAGCCCAACUGUGA